GCCAGCAACCUUUGACAAUGAAAUUUCAAACCAGAAUUUCUGGAUCAUGAUUGAAGUCAACCAUUAUCUCUAUCUUGCACAGAUGGAAAUUCUAAUAAUUUGUAAGUGCCUUUCUUUUUCAAAACAAGUAGCCUGUUAUAUCAAGCAAGAGUACAUAAAACCACACGAUUGCUUCCAUUUCUUUGACAAUCUAAUAACUAUCCCCCUCCGUAGCCUUCAUCCUUUUACCAUUUCUUCUCUCCAUGAUAUCCACCUCAAAUGGAUGCCUACUUUUUCCUCCACUCUCUUUCAUUACCCUCUUCAUCCUUUUGAUUUGUACCCCCAUAGCUUGCUGUAAUGAUGAUGAUGAUGAUCAGCUGUAUCUGACAUGCAACAGCACCUACAAUUGUGGAAUCUUAAAAGACAUAAGCUACCCCUUUUGGGGCAAUGGCCGGUCCCAAUUCUGUGGCCACCAAGGUUUUGAACUCCUUUGUGAAGAAGGGCAGUACUCCACAAUGCAUAUUGGUGGACAGAAGUUUCAAGUACUGAAUAUAAGUCAUUCAGCUUCCACAAUAAUGACCAUAGCUCCUAUAGGGAUAUGGGGACAAGAUGCUUGUCCUGAGAAAUUUAUCAACGUCUCCUUGAGCCAAAGCCUUUUCACGUUUGCUCCAUCUGCUCGGAACCUCUACUUCUUCUACGGCUGCCCUCCACAGAUAGAUAACAUGCUUGUUCGGACCAGAAUUAACUCCACCAUCAAUGGCGGUUUGCAGGAUGCUUAUUAUGUAGAUGAAUCGCUGCUGAGGAUCAAUCUUCCCAACCUUACAAAGUGUAGCAUCAGCAUCUCUGUUCCUGUGAAUCAGAUGGCUUUUGAAGAGCUGUCCAGUGGAAACGAGGCUCUGGAUAUUGCUUUGAAUGAAGGGUUUGAUGUACAGUAUACCUCAGUCAUCAUGAACUGUUCUGCCUGCCAGAAUUCAGGUGGGAGAUGUGGAUCAAACAUUACAUCGCUUGAGUUCUUAUGCCUCUGCCCUGACCAACCUUACCCUCGAAUGUGUCUCAAACCAGAUGCUAUUUCUUGGCAGUUUCAUCCUUCAUAGUCAUAGAGGCAGGUCAAACUUCUAAAUCAAAUAAUUAUCUUUCUUCCUCUGACAAGAAAGAUAAUUGUACAUU